AUGGAUUUUGAUUCCAUUCUGGAGAUGUGCGAUGGGUUUGGCGCUUAUCAGAAGAUCAUUAUAGGAGUGCUGUUGUUUCCGGCUACAUUUCCGUGCGCUUUUCACGCUUACAGUCAACUUUUCAUAGCAGCAAAACCUAACCAUUGGUGCAAAGUGCCGGAAUUCGAAGGUCUCGGUGGCCAUUUGUUGGCGACGCUUAAAAACUUAAGCUCACCUCAGCUGCCCCAUUUCGAUGGGACGAUCGGAUACUCCAAAUGUUCCAUGUAUUCGCGCAACUAUUCCGAAAUUGCGGGCCUGUUCCGGUCGCCGCUCGGUGGAGAGAAUGUGUCACUAGAACAGUUACCACCACCGAACGGUAUUACCACCUGCCGGCACGGUUGGACCUACGAUCAAUCGAUCUUCAACUCAACCGUAGUAACCGAGUGGAAUUUAGUAUGUGAUCGUGACUUUGACACCACGACAGCACUGAUGGUGUUCGGUGUGGCAGGCCUGAUCGGUAAUUUAGGAUUCGGCUACAUGCAGGAUUACUGGGGACGCAAGCUGUCCUUCUUUCUCUGUCUGGUGGUACAGGUGACGGCCGGUGCAGUUGGGGCGGCCAUGUGGAGCUACGGAUCAUGGCUGGUAACACGCAUCGUUGUCGGACUUACCGUACCGGCCAUCCUGUCCAGUCCUUAUAUGCUCGCAAUCGAACUGGUAGAACCAAGGCGUCGCAAUUUCUGCACCAUCAUCUCCAACAUUGCGUACUCGGUUGGGUUGGUACUGCUGUCGGUGAUUGUGUACUACGAACGAGACUGGCGAUCCCUGUCGAUCGCUGUUUCUGUCCCACUGCUGGUGCUUUUCUUCUUCUACACACUGAUACCCGAAUCGCCCCGCUGGCUUGCAGCCCGAGGCAAGUAUAGUCGGGCGAAAGGGAUUCUUUUAAAAAUGGCCAGAGUAAAUGGAAAAACGAUCGACGAUGGCUAUCGACAGCUGCUGGACGAACGAAUAAAGGCCCUUUCGCUCGAGGAUGCACCCGAUCCGGCCGCACACUCACACGCGAACGAAAUUGGACUGCGCCAUCUGUUCGCGAAGCCCCAGAUGCGCCGGAAGACAACGUUUGUGGCGUUCAUUUGGCUAACGAACACGAGCGUUUACGUGGGACUUAGCUACUACGCACCGGCCCUCGGUGGGGAUGAGAUUUUUAACUUUUUUCUAGCCGGUUUGGUGGAGCUGCCGACGUACAUUGUGCUGUGGCCAAGCUUGAAUCUGUUCGGACGUCGGGGUGUGCUGUUUACGACGAUGGUUAUUGGUGGGCUGGCCUGUGCGCUAACGAUCGUUCCGCAAGGUCGCACCACAACGCUCAUUCUUUACUGCAUCGGGAAAAUGGGUGUCUCGUCCGCGUUCGUGGUCGUUCCACUGACUGCAUCCGAAAUCUAUCCAACCGUUGUACGUGGCUUGGGGAUGAGCUUUUGUUCCGUGGUUGGUAUGCUUGGUCCGAUCGUAAUACCACUGAUGAACUACACGGGCAAGGAAAACGUUGCCAUUCCGUUGGUAAUUAUGGGACUCGCCCUGACGGCCGGUGGUAUCGCGAGUCUGUUUCUACCGGAAACGAAAAAUAUGCCCCUACCGCAAACGCUCGCCGAUGGGGAGAGGAUCACACUGACCAACCCCUUUCAGGGUCCGUUCUACAGAAAGAAGCGGACACGCACGGCGAAACCGUAG